AUGGCUGAUUGCGGUGAAGUGAAGAUAGCUCUGGGGAUACAUAAAGAAGGAGGGGAUGGCACUUAUCUUGGAUUACCCGAGAGUUUAAGUGGUUUCAAGAGGAAACUCUUAAAUUUUAUCCAAGAGAAACUCCAGGGUCGUCUACAUGGUUAUUUCGCUAAAGACCUCUCUCAAGAUGGCCUGCCGAGACCGCCGGAUUACAGAGUUGACAGUACAAUUGAUUUAUCUAUCCAUGUCUCUGAUCUGAUUGACCCUAAUACAUCACAGUGGGAUGUUAACCGAGUCUCUCUGACUUUUAGUCCAGCUGAUGUACAAAGAGUACUGCGGAUCAAACUGGUCUUCUCCUGUAGUGACUCUUUGGUUUGGGUCUUUCUAGGGAUAGUUCUUACACAUCUUGAAGUGGAUAUAAACUCCUUGACACUAUACAUGACAUGGAAUCUCCUAUACAGACUGGUCUGCCUCCUCUUGAGAAAAAGCUGUGGUCAAAUCUAUGGAAGAUUAGAACUUCCCCAAAAAUACGCCACUUUAUGUGGAAAGCUUAGUCAGGUGCCCUUGCGGAAUGGUCCUUUAUGGUUGAGGUUUGCUAUUGAGGAGGAUGUUCGAUAUGGUUAUUUUAAAGGGAAGACUGGUUUAAGGCAAGGGGAUCCGUUGUCCCCUAUUCUCUUUCUCAUGAUUAUGAAUGUUCUUUCCCUUAUGCUUAAUAAGGCGGCAACGGAGGGAUCCUUUGAUUAUCAUCCAGGCUGUGAGGAUCUUCAGCUAACUCAUCUUUGCUUUGCCGAUGAUCUACUUAUUUUUUUGGAGGGAUCAGAACGUUCUCUAAGUGGUGUUCUUUCAGUUCUCUCUUCAUUUGAAAGGAUGUCAGGUUUGGGGAUAAAUUUGCAGAAGACUUCGAUGUUUUGUCAAGGUCUAGACAUGACUUCUCUUGACAACCUUCAAGCUUUCUUCAACCUGAGGGUUUCUUCUCUUCCCAUUCAAUACUUGGGACUGCCUCUUUCUUCUAAGAAACUCUCUAUCACUGAUUGUGAUCCUCUAAUUACUCUCAUCAAAAAGAGGUUGGACUCUUGGACCAAUAGGCUCUUGAGUUUAGCUGGUAGACUCUCGUUGAUCUCGUCUGCCAUCUCAGGGAUCAUUGGUUUUUGGACAAGUGCCUUUAUCCUUCCAAAGAAGGUUAUUAAGAAGAUCAACAGUCUUUUCAGUUCCUUUCUGUGGCAUCCGGAGCAAAGAGCUGGUUCUAUUUGGGUGGCCGUAAGAGAUCUUUCAUCUUCCUCUUUCUGGGCUUUAAACGAUAAGAACUCCUCCUACUCGUGGAUGUUCAAGAAGAUUUUGCAGUUUCGAUCUAAAGCCACACAGUUUCUUAGCAUUAAAAUUGGUCGUGAGGAUUCUACUUUCUUUUGGUGGGAUCCUUGGACUCCUUUUGGCUCUCUUCAUGCUUUUCUAGGCGAAGAUGGACCUUCCCGUUUAGAGCGUCAACUCUUGCUUCAUACUUUUCUCUCCACCAUUGGAUGCUCUUCUCUUUGUGAUCAUCCAGUUUGGUCUAUUAAUGGUUCACCUCAGCGAUCUUUCAGUCUACUGGGGUUUAAAAUGAGAUCUGUUCUAUCAAACCUGAGGUGUUCUGGGCAUCUUUGUUAUGGCAUAAGGCUGCUAGCUCAUCAUCAGACUACUACUUGGCUGUUUAUUCUUAAUAGAAGCCCUACUCUAGAUCGUUUGUCUGCUUGGGGCUAUGCUACGGAAGGGACCUGUCUACUUUGUGGAUCGGAGUUGGAGACACGAGAUCACUUGUUUUUCGAGUGCUCCUACUCAGCUUCAAUUUGGAGACGGCUCACGCUUCAUCUAAACAUUCUAAAUGUGCCGGUGCAUUGGUCCAUGUUGUUAAGUUGGCUUAAUGUCACUCCUCUUGAAGCAUCUAAAAGGCUUGCCCUACUUCAAGGAUGGCAAGGAGCUGUCUACGAAAUCUGGAAAUAG